GCUCAAAUGUCAUGGCGGCCUCCAUGUAAAAUUUUCCGGCGUGAUCGUUGUGCUGCGAGCAUGUUUCUUUAAACGCGCCUUAAAGGCAGUGAGUUUUAGUCGAAUGGUGUGCCCACGCACCACGAUGUUGUUGAGACGUUUUGUGAAGCUUUCGAGGCACCUGAGCAGCAGGGCGAACGUGGAGAACUUCGCCCGCUGCUCUCGCCUGUUCCAGCCGAAUUCGUUCACGAAACUUGAUGCCAAGCAAGGGCUCUGCAAAAGCCAGAAGUUGAUGCUGGACUACGGUCUUAUAAGUCCCUCCGGUACUGGAACGUUCGUGCUCCUACCCCUCGCCACCAAAUCUUUGGAACGCCUCGUCGACCUGAUUGACUCGGAAUUGCAGAGUGUCGGUGGCCAGAAAAUUCUGCUGCCUUGCCUAGUGCCUGGAUCCCUUUUCAAAAAAACAGGUAGGUGGGAGGACAUGGGAGAUGAACUCUUUAAGUUGAAGGACCGUCGGGACCAUGACUAUUGUUUGGGGCCCACCCACGAGGAAGCGGUGUCUCAGUUGCUUGCGUCUCUCCCGUCGCUGUCGCUCCGUUGCUUGCCCAUUCUUCUGUAUCAGAUCAGCCCCAAGUUCCGUGACGAGGGCCGUCCGAAGUUUGGUCUCCUUCGUGGCAGGGAGUUCAUAAUGAAAGAUAUGUAUAGCUUCGACAGAAGUGCUGAAAGCGCGGCAGAGACGUACGACAUUGUCUGCACUGCGUACAGCCGGAUCCUCGAGCGCCUUGGAGUGCCGUUUGUGAAAGUCAAGGCGUCUUCAGGCGCUAUGGGUGGAAACUAUUCGCAUGAAUUCCACUUUCUGAGCAACAUUGGAGAGGAUCGCCUUUUUGUCUGCCCAAAGUGUCAUAUUGGUGUAAGCGCCGACAAAGUUGAAUCAGAGACAGAGAAUCAACCCUGUGAUCAGUGCAGCACUCCCCUCGAGGAAGAAAGGGGUGUGGAGGUUGCCCACGCAUUCUCCCUGGGGACUGUUUACUCCGAUCCACUCAAGGCAAGCUUCAUGGACUCUGACGGGAAGAAUAAAGCACUGGUGAUGAACUGCUUCGGAAUCGGAGUGACUAGGUUGUUGGCCGCAUCUCUCGAAGUACUCUCGACGCAGUCCGAGCUGCGAUGGCCAUUGGCGAUUGCUCCCUUCAAGGUGGCGGUGGUCACUCCUAAGAAAGGGAGUCACGAAGAGGAGGUUGGGCUCCCCCUCAGCCUCCACCUGACCAGCUGCCUGAGCUCCCAGGACAUUCUGGCGGGGGACGUCCUCCUGGACGACCGGGACUCCUGGACCAUCGGCAAGAGGCUCAAGGACCUGGACCACAUGGGCGUACCUUUCGUCGUCGUCGCCGGCAAACGGAGUGCAGAGGCUAUGCCACUGUUUGAGCUUCACGACGUCUACCGAGGAUCUGUGACGGAGGUGACGCAGUCGGAGUUGCUCCACUUCUUCCAGCAUGGAAAGUUCAGAGAAAAAAUCGGGGACCACCUGUAGAUAUAAAUGUAGGAACCAGUAGAGACAUUACGGAGGUUAUGUGAAUAUACAUUACUGUUUGAAGCGAAA